AUGCUCUACUCACAAAACAUCGCCUCUCUGGGCGCUCUGCUCCUCUUGGCCCAAACGUCAACGACACUCGGUCAUCCUAGCAGACACACUCAUCACCACAAGCAUCACCUUGCCAGGGAUGUUGGAGCGAAACAUCAAAUGGGGGUUCCAGCUGAUACAAGUGAAGUACUGUGGUCGGAUCAUACCGCGCAGAGAGGAAGAAGGAAGACCUUCACCAUUCGCCAAGUCAAGAACCCUCGUCCUGAAGGACGAAGCACCGCACAGCGCAAUGGUCUAUCGGCUUUGCUUCAUGCCUACGCCAAGUACGGCGUUGAGCCUUCGCCGAGGAUCAAGAAGGCUAUGAAGCUGAAUCCGGCUUUCCGUGCCUACCAGGAGGAACUUGAGAAGAGAGGCGACAUCACCGCCACAACCGCAGCCAUCCCCCCUCCCGGCAACUACGAGUACAUCUCACCCGUCGAGAUCGGCACACCUCCCCAAACGGUGUGGAUGAACAUCGACACCGGCUCUGCCGACUUCUGGGUAGUCUCCACCGACACCCCCCGCUACCAAACCCGCGGCCACGCCAUCUACGACCCGCACACAUCCAACACCUCGGUCCUGAUCCCCGACCUCAACUGGCGCAUCACCUACGCCGACGGCUCCGGCGCCCACGGCAUCGUCUACCAAGACCGCGUCUCCAUCGACGACACGCUGUCCUUCCCUGCGCAAGUCGUGCAAUCCGCCACCUCCAUCUCGUGGGACUUCACUACGGACCCGUACGUCAGCGGCAUCAUGGGCUUGGGUAUGUCGGCGGGUAAUACGGUUAGUGAGAGUAUUAAGGAUGUGGAGGAUAAAACCGGAAUAAAGAUCUUGACGUUUAUGGAUAAUGUUAUGAGUCAGUUGAGGGAGCCGGUGUUUACGGCUAAUUUGAGGGAUAAUGCCGCGGGGAGCUAUGGGUUUGGGUUUGUGAAUGAGACGGAGUAUGUGGGGGAGGUGAGGUAUGUGGAUGUUAAAGAGGAUGGCAUCUUUUGGGAGUUUGAGGUGGGGGGGUAUUUGGUUGGGAGUGAGGAGGAGAAGGCGGAGAAAGUGGAGGGAGAGAGGGAUGUUCAAGUGGAUGGGGAAAGCCAUUCGGACAGUGAGCAGGAGUCAACGACCAUCCAGCCAGAUCAACCCAAGGCCUCGAGCCCUCCUGCCACGACUCAUUCGUCGGACCAAGCAGACGCCCAGGACCAAGACCCAACAAACACCCUCCUCGAAACCACAAACUCAACCAUCAUCCCCCGCCGAGCCACCAAAAGCCACACCACAGGCCAACGAAUCUCCUACCCCUUCACCACCAUAGCCGACACCGGCACCACGCUCCUGCUCCUCCCCGACCGUAUAGUAUCCGAUUACUACUCCACCAUCCCUCACGCCUCCUACUCCCCCGAAUGGGCCGGCUACCUCUUUCCCUGCGCUUACACCUCUUCUCUGCCCGAUUGGUCUUUCUUUCUUGGGGGGUCUGCCGCCCCAAACACCACCACUGCCUCCACUGAUUCCAAAGCCGAGCCCAAGCUUGAUAUCGGACCAGAAGAAGGAGAUGAAACGAAAGAAGGAGGGUUCUACUACAAAGGCACAGUCCCUGGCCGGUACAUGAACUACGGCGAGUGCUACGGCGGGAUGCAGAGCAGUGAGGAUGUGGGGUUUAGUAUCUUUGGGGAUGUGGUGCUUAAGGCGCAGUUUGUGGUGUUUGAUUUGGGCGGGAUGAAGGUGGGGUUUGCGGGGAAGGAGUUGGAAUGA